AUGGCGCCCGCAAAAGACACAGCCGCAUACAUUCAGGAGCUGUCCACUCCUCCGCCGCCUGGCUCACCAUAUGCAGUUCCUGUACCGGGGUCUGAGAAGGAAGGUCGCAGUGCUAUUUACCGUCAUUGGCGCUUUCGCGACGGGCCUCUUCUGUCCACCUUCGAUCCCGCCAUCCAGACCGUUCACGAUUUGUUCGAGGACGCCGUUCGGAAACGGCCCAACGCGAAGUGUCUGGGCCAUCGAGCCUGGAAUGCGACGACCAAGGACUGGGAGAACAAAUACACCUGGGCCACCUACGCCGAGGUUGCCGAGCGUCGCAAGAACUUUGGCGCUGGUCUCAUAGAGAUUCACCACAAGAUCGGUAUUACCAACGACAAUUACGGCGUUGGCUUGUGGUCGCAGAAUCGCCCAGAAUGGCACAUCACUGAUCUCGGUGCCGCAUCCCAGUCCCUCUUCACUGUCUCCCUGUACGAGACCCUUGGCCCCGAUACGACCGAAUACAUCAUCAACCACGCGAGCCUAGCCUGCGUCGUUACCUCCUUGCCGCAUAUCCCGGUCCUGCUGAAGCUUGCCCCACGCCUGCCUUCUUUGAAGCUCAUUGUCUGCCUCGACUCUCUGGACGCUGGCGAGCAGACCGGCUACUCCAAGCUGUCUGUUCUGAACGGCAUUGCUGCUCAGCAUGGCAUCCAGAUCUAUUCCAUGGCUGGUGUUGAGGAGAUUGGUGCCAGGUCUGGACAUCCCAUGCACCCCCCGCGCCCAAGCAACCUCGUCACUAUCAACUACACCUCCGGAACCACCGGCAUGCCUAAGGGUGUCGUCUUGACCCACGGCAACGCUGUUUCUGCCCUCUCAGCCGCCAGAUCUGCUGGAACUGUGACAUCCAAGGACGUGCAUAUCUCCUACCUGCCGUUGGCGCAUAUUUACGGAAGAAUGGUCGACCAAACCGCCCUUGCCGAGGGUGCUGCCGUCGGUUUCUUCCGCGGCGACAUUGUCGGCUUGGUUGACGACAUGAAAAUUCUUGAGCCAACAGGGUUCAUGUCUGUUCCUCGUCUUUACAACCGCUUCAACUCGGCCAUUCGAGCUGCCACCAUUGACGCUGAUGGCGUCAAGGGAUCCCUGUCUCGCCAAGUUAUUACCACCAAGAAGGCCAAUAUGAAGCUGCCAGUGGGCAAGGCAAGCAACACGCACUUCCUGUACGACAGAAUUUGGACUCCCAAGGUCCGCGCUGCUGUUGGCCUGAAGAAGGCUCACAGCAUGAUUAGCGGCAGCGCGCAGCUGGACCCUGAUGUGCAUGAGUUCCUGCGGGCUGCUUUCGGCAACAACUUUGUGCAGGGAUACGGCCUGACGGAGUCGUACGCCGUCUCGACUGUUCAGAUGAAGGGUGACUUCACCCUGGGCAACAUUGGGCCUCCGGCAGCUUGCAAUGAAGUCUGCCUUGAGUCUGUCCCUGAUUUGGAGUACCUCGUUACCGACAAGCCUCACCCGCGUGGUGAAAUUCUUCUCCGUGGCCCUAGCAUCUUCCAGGAGUACUACAAGAACGAGGAGGAGACCCGAAAGGCCAUUGAUGCCGAUGGCUGGUUCCACACCGGAGAUAUUGCCGAGGUUGACAGCAUGGGUCGCUUCAAGAUUGUUGACCGUAAGAAGAAUGUUCUCAAGCUCUCUCAAGGAGAAUACAUUUCUCCUGAGCGUAUCGAGAAUGUUUACCUUGGCAGCUGCAACUUGGUUACCAUGGCCUACGUUCACGGUGACCCGGCCCAGUCCACACUUGUCGCCAUCUUCGGCAUCGACCCCGAGACCUUCGCGCCGUUCGCCAGCAAGAUCCUCAAGAAGUCAGUCGACAAAACUGACCUCACAGCCCUCAAAGUCGCCGCCAACGACCCCAAGGUCAAGAAGGCCUUCAUCGCGGAGCUGGACAGGAUCGGUAAGAAGCACAAGUUCAACAGCUACGAGCGAGUGCGCAAUGCCUUUUUUGCCAUCGACCCUUUCACCAUUGAUAACGAGCUAUUGACGCCUACUCUUAAGUUGAAGAGGCCGCAGACUGCCAAGGCGUUCCGCGCGCAAAUUGACCAGCUGUACGAGGAGGUUAAUGCGGAGCCUUCGGCCAAGCCCAAGCUAUAG